UGGGAAUUCAAGAGACAGUGCACAGUUGCAGACCCUCUACGCCACCCAGCACUUGGCGCUGCGCCUGUUCCCCGAACUUCGGGCUGAAGGCAGUGGUAUAGACUUGACCCGGGUGCCACCGUCCAGUCAGGUAGAUCCUUUGGCGCUAUCAUUCUUCCCGUUCUGGAAUCUCCUGGAUACCGAUAUAAGCGCAUGGACUGAUACCG